CGGGCCCGCACAGAGCGACUGUCGAUUGUAUAAAUUCCUCGAUGCCUCGAUCGCGUCGAGUUUCCGAACUCGGGGUUCAAUUCCAAUUUGCCUUAUCCGAAACUUCGGAGGCGAAGAAAGGGGACAUGUCUGGCCAGCCUCGGCGCUAGCAGCAGUAGCGGAUCUAGCUCUCGACGAGCAUCGGAAGCCGAAUUGUUGGCUGCCGUCUGCGUGCGUGAUCGAGCAGAGAUGGAGCAAGCAUUGCGCUCCAGGACCAUGGCACCGGUGGGCUCGUUGGCCUCGUCUGCUGCGUGUGUAGCCUCGACGUCGACGGUGGCGAAAUUGACCCCCGUGCUGCGCAGCCACAGGCAGGCGCAAUGGCGCUCUCCCCUACGAGUGUGUGCUUCGGCCUCGAUCUCCGAGGAGGGAGCGGGUUCGGUGGUGAACAGAAGGCAGGCGUGCUUGGAGAUGGCGACCGUGCUGGCCUCGUCAGUCGCUGCGCUUGCUGUGAAGCCCGGCGAUGCCAUGGCGAGAGAGGUGGAAGUGGGUUCGUACCUGCCGCAGGCAGCCGAGGAUCCGAGCUUCGUGCAAUUCAAGGCUUCGACGAAAGACACUCCAGCCUUGAGGGCUGGCAAUGUGAUGCCGUAUCAAUUCAUUCUGCCCCCGACAUGGAAGCAAGAGCGGGUUGCCAAUAUCCUGUCAGGGAACUACUGUCAGCCCAAAUGCGCCGAGCCAUGGGUGGAAGUGAAGUUCGGCGACGACAAGCAGGGAGCGCUGCAGGUGGUGGCGGCGCCGAUGGUGCGGCUCACAAACAAGCCCAAUGCCACCAUCGAGGAAAUUGGCAAUCCCGAGAAGAUUCUGUCGUCGCUGGGUCAGUUCGUCACGGGCAACAGCUUCGACCCCGAGGAGGUGAUCGAGACGAGCGUCGAGCGCCGGGGCGAUCAAACCUUCUACACUUACCAGCUCGAGACUCCAUUCGCCAAGACCGGACAGCACAAUCUGGCCACUGCCACGGCCAAGGGAAGUGUGGUCAUGCUCUUCGUGGUGAGUGCCACUGACAAGCAAUGGCAGGCCUCCGAGAAGCUUUUACGGACCAUUCUCGAGUCAUUCGGCGUGUAGUUUACGAUGUAUCAUUUUUGAGGUAAAUUCAGAUCAGUCAUCUGAUCGGUAGUCCAAAUCCUGUAGAUGAUGUACACUAAGGUCUUCCGCAUCCAUAGUUUUCAAGUGCUAAAAAUGCUGCUUUCCGCCCUAAAUCCCAGGGUUCUCCUUUGUAAUCAUGAAAGUUUAAGUCCCGAAUUUCUGUGAACAUAAAUCUAUUGCAACCGGUCUACAAUUCUGUGCCAUGAGAAAUCUCUAGUAUGGCUCUAGCUGUGUACUUUAGCCCUGUGCAAGUGCUAAAAAUGCUGCUCUCCGCCCUAAAUUCCAGGGUUCUCCUUUGUAAUCAUGAAAGUCUAAGUCCCGAAUUUCUGUGAACAUAAAUCUAUUGCAACCGGUCU